AUGCGCGGGGCCCGCCGCACAUCGGCCUCGUGCAUCCACUCACGAGGCGCGUUGGGCGCCACCACCGUACUUCAGCAGGCGCGUUUUGCGAGUGGCAGCAGCAACCCGUACACCGUCCUCGGCAUCAAGCAGGGUGCGUCGAAGGAGGAGAUCAAGAAGUCGUACCGCGUGCUCGCGCGCAAGCACCACCCCGACGCCCCGGGUGGAUCGCACGAGAAGUUCCAAGAGAUUCAGGCGGCAUACGAGCAGGUCAAGAGCGGUGUGUGGAUCCAGAAGAAUGUGGAGGGCGGUGGCGACGGCGGCAACAGCGCUGACACCGGUAACCGCUACACCAACUUCCGCUUCACCACACGGCAGCACAAGAACAAGGUUAGCUACGAUGAGUUCUACGAGGAGAUGCACACGGGGCGCGUCAAGAAGGAUCCGUUCGGCGACGAUGAGGCGGACGAAGCGGCGUCGAAGGACCCGCGCCGUAACCCGCUUGCGGGGAACGAGGCGCUGGUGCAGGCGUGGUUUCGCUUUAUCAUUCUGUGGUCUAUCAUCUUCGUGUCGCUGCGCGUGACACUCUUCCUUGCCUUUCCGCCGAAAUACGAGAGCGUGCGGAAGGCGCCCAUGCCGGAGCGGCCGCGGAAGCCACCGCCGCCGAAGCCGCUUAUGAAUAACUCGCUUGUAGCGUGA